GGAAUUUCAGUAAAGGGAUGUGCCACUCAAUGCAUCGGGGUGUAACGUCGAUAUAGGAUUGAGUGGUCUAGACAUCUUUGUCAAGUCACAUGCGCGGGAUCGUUUGGUUAAAAGAGAUACAUAGACCACUGAUCAACUGUUUCCAUGCUGUUUCUACGUUAUGCUUUUUUGAAAUAAGAUUAAAAUGGCAGACAAAGUAGAAAAGGUUGCCAGACCAAUGAAAUUCCCUUACACAUUCAGUGCAAAAAUUGCACAAUUCCCAAUCAAGCACUACUUGAAGAACCAAUGGAUCUGGAAAUACUAUGCUAUUUCUCUUGUAAUAUGUCUUCCAGUCUUCAACUCGAUUAGUAAACUGGCCAACUCUCCUGGAAACGUUGCUAAAUGGGCCGAGAUUCGCAGAAGAGAAGCUGCUGAACAUCAUCACUAAGAAAUUUUUUUUAUAGUAAUUAGUCUGCCAAUUGUUUUGUUCUAAUUUAAUUUCUAUUAAAUACAUGUAGAUACAAAAA